AUGGCUCUGCUGAAGGUUCUGCUGCUGCUGGGUCUGGGUGUUUCAGUGAAGUCAAAUGUUUCUCUGCAGAAGAGAAUCAUUGGAGGUCAAAACUGUGAUAACACAGAGCAUCUUUAUCAUGUUCGGCUGGAGAGCAGCAGGGGUGAAGAAACAAUCCGCUGUGGAGGAUCUCUGAUCCACCCUCAGUGGAUCCUGACUGCAGCUCGGUGCUGGCAGGAUGGGCCAGGAUGGACUAACACAGCAAUGUUAAAAGUUCAUCCACGGACUGCUGGGCAGCGGAGUCACGUAAUCCGAGACAGACCUGUGAUUUAUACUCGCAGUAACCGGAAGCAUGACAUCAUGUUGCUGAAGCUUCCGACACCAGUAACAGAUGUCCAACCUGCUCAGAUACCAAGCUGCAGGCGUCAUCUUAAACUAGGCGAUACUGUUCAGCUGGCAGGAGAAGCAUUAACGACAAUCGGCCCCAAUAAAGAGCGAUUGCCCAUUCCUAGUAUUGCAGGACAUCUUCAGUGUGUCAACAUGCAAGUUGUUAGUGGUUCCUAUSUCCAKCUAACACUUGGGCAAAUGAUCCGUGUUGAAGCACCAACCAAGGAUGUAUGUCUUGUAAGUUUGUUUCUUCAAUAUCUCUCUGCACCAAUUGGAAGACGUUUCUGUUUUACAACAUAAAUAAAUAUAUUGAUAUACAUUUUUCUACAGGCCGACUMUGGUGGAGCAGCGAUAUUCGACGGCAAGAUUUAUGGUGUGAUUKCUUUUAGUGGAAGAGACUACACAUGUCAGAUUCCAACAUCAAUACUUGAUGUGUGUUAUUACAAGGAAUGGAUUAGAAGUAAAAUUUUCCGUGGACCAUAAACUAUCAUGAAAUAAAAUUCUCAACAAAUUUCCUCUCACAUAUAAUUUUAGAAUUGUAUCUUCAUCAGUUUGAUCCAUGUUUUUAGAAUUAGAAUAAAUUAAUUGUUUAAUUUAUCUCACCUGAUCUUCACCUCCCUAAUGGAGCUUUAUCUUCACCUCAGAAAUGAAAAAUAAAUCAAUAAAUGCAUGAAAAAGAAAUCAAUAAAUUUAUAAAAAAUAAA